UACAACUAUUUUGUCACGGAUACAGGAUAAUGGUUUCACUAUCCGAUCCCCUUUUCUCAAUAUUAAAUAACAAACAUGUUAUCGUUACAAAUACCGUGCGCGAGUAUUUAAUAGUAUCCUAUCAUAAGGACGUUAAAAACAUACCCUGUGGGUUAAAAAUUUAUGUUGUGUAGAUAUAUGAACGAAGCGGAUUUGUUAUCUACUGUAAAAGUAUUUGUUAGUUACACGAUUGAUAUUGAUAGUGUGGGAUAGUUGAGCUGGGUUAAGAAAAUGGCGACUGGAGGAGAGACAGAUACAGACAUACUUUCUGAUGAAACUUUUGAUUUACUGUGCUCGGUGUGUAAAAAGAAAAACAAAAAUACGGAAGCUGCCAAGUUUUGUGUGAAUUGUCAAGAUUAUUAUUGUUCAAUUUGUGUCAAGUUUCAUGAUGACGUUCCUGCUUUAUCCCGGCACAAGAUUCUCGACAGUAGUCAGUUCCAACCAGGGGCUGGCCAGGUGCUACAAAUGGUUCCUACAGAACUCUGUGACAGACACAGUCACAAACAUGUAGACAUGUAUUGUCAGAAACAUGAUGAUGUUGGCUGUUCUACAUGCAUCGCUGUUGAUCAUAAGCUUUGUCGAGAUACAUUCUAUAUACCAGACUAUCUGCGAAACAACAAAAACACGUCAGCAUCUAAGAUUAUAAAUCAGAAACUAGAAACCUCAGAGAAACUCUUGACAGACCAACAUGAAAAUUUCAAACGAGAGAAAAAGUACUUAUUGAAAAGUAAACACCUAUGUUUGGAGGAGAUAAAAAAAUAUAGAAAAGAUAUCAACCAAAGGCUUGAUGUGCUGGAGCAGAACUCUGUAAAAGCUGUAGAAGCAAAAUACAAACCAAAGCUGGACAAACUAGAUGAACAAAUGGCUAACAUUAGAAAACCAAGGUGAAAAUAUCAUCAGUUAAAGAUGACUUAUCAACUGCAGGUAAUAAUGAAUCACAGAUGUUUGUCAGCACAAAGAAAGGCAAAAAUGUUGCCGAUGAUGCAACCAAAUUCAUGGCUGAAAUAAAAGAGGAAAUAAAGGGAGAGGAUAUAAAAUUUGUAUCAGAACCAAAUCUAAUGUCUAUGUUAACAGAACUUAAUCAUUUGGGUCAUUUAGAGGAGAUCAAUACCAGGCAACAGUCUAAAAAUGAAUGUAAUAAUGAUAGUAAAACACAACAAAGUACACAAUAUAGCAGUAAGAAGCAAGCUGCCAGUACUACACAAAAAGCAGAAGGGAGUGCUACCAGGUUGAAGUCUUAUGAUGGAUAUAAUAAUGAUAGUCAAAAGUAUCAAAGUACUCAAAGUAGUAAAAUGCAAGCUGUUAGUGCCACACAAAAAGCAGAAGAGAGUGCUACCAGGUUGAAGUCUUAUGACGGAUAUAAUAAUGAUAGUCAAAAGUAUCAAAGUACUCAAAGUAGUAAAAUGCAAGCUGUUAGUGCUACACAAAAAGUUUCCAAUGCUUUAAUGAAUGUCAAAAACAAGAAGCAAUAUAACAUAAGAAUACCGUCAGACAAAGAGAAGUGUGAUAUUUUCAGUGUCUGUGACCUUGAUGAUGGAACAAUAAUACUAGCUGACAAUAAAAACAGUAAACUGAAACGUGUGGACAGUUCAACAUACACUGUCACUGACUACUGUGAUGUAUCUGGUAACCUAUUCCAAGUAUGUAAGAUCAGUAACCAGGAAGUUGCUGUCAGCUGUGGUAUUAUUAUGUACAUUCAGUUUGUUUCACUUGGAAGUAAAAUGGUACCAACCAAACAGAUAAAAACUGACCAUUGUUAUGGUCUAGC